AAAACUCAGACUGGAGUAGGAGGCCGACCACUCUCACUGCAAGGAUCCCUUCACUUCACUCUGCUGCACAGUUCCUGGAAGUUUUUAAGUCAGGGAUUUUCUUGUGCUGAGUCAUCAACGUUGUUUUGUUUUGUUUUUUUUCUCUUAAAGGCACCCUGUCUUGAGUUAAUUGUUCUCAGUUCCUUUUAUUUAUUUAUUUAUUUAUUUAUUUAUUUUCGCUGUUGGUUGGAAAUGUCUGGGAAUCUGUGGAUGCUCUGUCUCUGUCUCUGCUUUUCCUGGACCGAAGCUCGCAUCUGGGCGUGGAUGCUCAACAUGCCCCACAGUCCCCCCAAAGACGGAGCCAAGAUAGUGCGAGAGAGCGCUCAAGUGUCCAAAGUAGCCACGGCUACAUGCGACCACGACAGGGUGUGUGGACGGGGUUUCUCCUGCGACCGUCACUUUGGCCUGUGUGUCCCUCUGCGCGGUGAGGGACACUACUGUCGGAGGGACGCCCAGUGUGUCCGUGGCCUUAGCUGCAUGUUUGGGAAGUGCCACCGCAGCAUCCCCAAUGGACAAGAGGGUGCCAGAUGUAAAGUGGACCGCGACUGUGGGGCAUCCAUGUGUUGCGCCCGACACCACGGCGAGCAGGUGUGCAAGAGACGCCUGAUCCGCGGCGAGAGCUGCUUCGUGCCUGACGGCGGCCUGGCGUUCAGUAUCAACCAGAUUUGUCCAUGUGAUGAUGGGCUGCUGUGUCGUGACAGCAGUUCGCCACCCAGGAGAGAGAGAGAGUUUAUUUAUCAGCCAGAGCAAAAGAGUUGGACCUGUCAAGUGCCCCAGCCCUGAUUCCAGCCUCAAUACAAAAGUUAUUUAUGAUGUAAAUAUGUUUGCUAUGACUGUAUAAAGAAAUGUCUAUAUUUCCUAAUGCGUUCUUGUAGUAAGGACGGGUUGUUGUUUUUUUUUGUAUGAUUUUGUUCUGUACAUUUUGACGUAAGCACUACUGUAG